UUUUCAGAUCGACUCCCAGCCAAAUCCAAAACUUUACCGCUAAAGCUGCGAUGAAUGAGAACAUCAAACCUGCUGUCAGCCUGUUUUCACCUUUUAGACGGUCUGGAAAUAUAUGUAGCUAGACGGAGGUAUUGUGCAAGGCUGUAUUUCAGCGACGUUAGCGAGUAAAACGAGUGAGCGGGACCCCGAAGUAAGAUUUACGGUGGAAGCUCCGUCUGUUGUCGUUGGAUAGCUAACGCCAGCUAGCAGGCUAACCAUGGCCAGCGCUGCGAGCACAAACAUGAACGCCGUGCGGGAAACGAUGGAUGUUCUGCUGGAGAUUUCAAGGCUUCUGAACACCGGGCUGGACAUGGAGUCGUUGUCCAUAUGUGUCCGUCUGUGUGAACAGGGCAUCAACCCUGAAGCCCUGUCAUCGGUCAUAAAGGAGUUACGUAGAGCCUCGGACUCACUUAAGGUCGCUGAAAACAGUACAAGUCAAGGGUAACUAGUCUCAGCUUCUCCAUCUGUAGUACAGCCACAUUCAGCCUCUUCAUCUUUACUUGAAGACUUGACGUUUGAAAUGAAUUUCUUCCAGAGACUGGUGUGUUUUAAAUAACGAACUUGAUUGACUGGGUUUGAUCCGUUUUCACGUGCCUCAAUUUCUACAUGAAGCACUGUUGAGCAGGGAUGACUUUCCUUGCGUUGAGGUUUUGACCAUCAAGCCAAAUAACAGUUCCCACCUAUUUGUUUUUCCUCUCUUUGUAAAACCUUCAGCUUUGUCCAGUUUCUGAUGAGUACUGUAUGAUGGCUUUUUUCAUGUGCAUUUAAUGACCCAUCUUUAGGGGUGUCUGUGCUCCAUUUGUUCACAGAGUGUAUUUGUAUAUAUCCAGUAUUUUAUUUGUUUACAUGAUGUGUUUGUAAAAUAAAUGUUUGGUUUUUUUCCCC